AUACAAUGCGAUGAUCGCUUCUGCAAGUUUAGCACCACGCAUCCAUCGGAUUGUGUGCCUCCGACGUGCACUCAAACCUGCUGGCAAUAUCGUCAGUUUCCUGAGCAGUAUAAUCCUCAAAUCGAUUCCGUUUGCCCAACGUGUGCUGCGCAGGGCAGGGGUGCGUAG